CGUCAACAGUUUAGGUGGACAGGCAAAACCCCCAUUAUUCCCCCACUGAGCCUGGCUGAAUAGUUGUCAUUAUUAACGAACUGCCAACACCUUGAAGAUUUACUCACCUGUAUAUAUAUAAAUAUAUAUAUACCUUUAUACUCUUUGUAAUUUACUGGUACUAUACCGAUACUACCUCUCUCUGUGUGUGUUGUAUGGCUCCUCGCAAGUUCCGUGGACCGAAACCCGGCGCUGCAGCCGUGACCCGUCCCCGCAAGGCCAUUCAGGAACAGUCGCAGGCCUUCGAGGCCGUCAAGACUCGUCGCUGGCGGCAGCGGCGGUCAGAGGCCGAGCGCUGCAUUGAAAACGCACGUACGGGUGAUCGGCUUGCGGUGUAUUACGCGCAAAAGAGCAUCCGGGCGAAGCCGUCCUUCCAGGCGUUGAGUCCGGAAAAGCAACAGGCGGCUCUCUUCGAGGCAAAGAAGGAGGUCAUGGACCGACGAGAUAAAGGACAACGCUCAGAGGCGAUGGUACGUCGGAAUAUUGAAGUCUUGGAAAUUAUAAAGAAGGCUCAGGCGGAGGUAGAGGCACGGAGGACUGCAAGCCAGCCAAGCUAACCUCCUUUUCUUCCUCCUCCUUUUUCUUUAACUUCUUUCCUAGUAUGCAAUGAUACCACUUUGCUGUUUUCCAACCCUUCAGCGUCUUCAACCCCUGAAAGUAAAGUGAUUCAGGUAUAUAGAUCCAGCCAGAAGUUCAAGCCUUGAACACUAGUGCCGUUCCUGAACGAUGUUUGUUGCAUGUGAAGAUAUUGAUCCUCGGAUCAGAGCAGACAGCAGGGGAGAAAAGACAGACUGUACAGCUAUUUGUCUCGAAUAGAUGCAGCCCCCAGGCACGGAGAGAGGACAACUCACUAGAAUGUCACGUAACUCCUCUGGACGGCCCAUGAUUUGCUUGAUGCCAGAGUUCCCCAUGCUCGACACAUGCAAAUUCCUGGGGAACAUCUCGGCUGUUCCCCAUCGGUUCCCCCGCAUUCCAUCCCCCCCCC